AUGUAUUCCAAGCCUUUCAAGCCUCUCACUAUCCGCAAAUCUGUUCCCGGCAGCGAAACUCCCGAUCACGGGACUCCUCCUGCUAAACGAAGGAAGCUCAGCCCCUCCAACCAACAAGCAGCGAAGAACCCCUCCAAUGACGACCGAAGACAACCCCUCAAGUCGAUCUUCAACCCUCCGAGUCCUGUCACGGAAUCAAAUGGCAUUGGGUCAGAUGGUAUUGAGGGAUACUUCUCGAUUUUAUGGCGUGUUCCUACGAACAAGAAGAACAAGACUUGGACGGACGACGGUGUGCUCGCCGUCAAGGGUGGCUUCGCAACCCUGUACAGCAGGUCGGGAAGGAACAUCGGCCGCACUGCCUUCUCUGCGCCCUUGCUGCCCGAGUCAAACCUGACCAUCAGCGGAAAGGAAGUCGAGGUCGAUUCUCAAAUCAGCAAGAAUGCUUUUUUGGAAAUUGUCGGUCCCAAGACCAAAUCUGUAAACACGGAACAUAAGACCACACCUGAGUCUCAGCCUGCGAAACCUUUCGCAGUCCAACAAAAAAAGCCAAGUAUACAAACUCAGAUGAAAGCUCAAAUACAGAAAGAGAAGGCUCAGGUCAUGCACCAGCCCCCCAAACCCGCUUGUGUCACCUCAUUCAAACAGCCAUUGAAAGAAACGAAUAUUCUUCCACAACGCUUGGGUGAAUCGCUCACUCCACGGCAUGACCCCAAUGCAGAAGGCGCACUUGUCUUUAAGAGACCCAGAAGUCCACCGAAAGGCCGACAGACCGUGGACGUGGUUUUGGAUCCGCUGAUCGGGAAGAAACUGCGACCGCAUCAACAAGAGGGCGUAAAAUUUCUGUACGAAUGUGUUAUGGGGGUGCGUAACUUCGACGGUCAAGGAUGCAUCCUGGCUGAUGAUAUGGGCUUGGGUAAAACACUGACCACGAUCGCUCUUUUAUGGACACUAUUGCGUCAAAAUCCUGUCUUUAAGGAUCCACCUGUCAUCAAAAAAGCUCUCAUUGUCUGUCCGGUGUCGCUUAUUCGGAACUGGAAGAGAGAAUUUAGGAAAUGGCUCGGCUCCGACCGAUUGGGGGUGCUCGAGUUUGAAGAUCAACAUACUCGACUGAGCAGUUUUGAUGGGAAAGUCUAUCAGGUGAUGAUUAUUGGUUAUGAAAGAUUGAGGAUGGUAGCCAAUGAUCUCGCCAAAGGGCAGCCUAUUGAUAUUGUUGUCUGCGACGAAGGCCAUCGUCUCAAAACUAUGAAGAACAAAGCCGCUCAAGCUAUUGAAUCACUAAACACCAAGCGGAGGAUCAUUCUGUCGGGAACCCCAAUACAGAACGAUCUUGGUGAGUUCUUUGCCAUGGUCAAUUUCGUGAACGAUGGAUGUCUGGGUUCUCAAAAGAGGUUCAGCCGGGAUUUUGAGAAGCCCAUUAUGAGAAGCCGUCAGCCGGAUGCGUUACCAACUGAAGUUGAGCGCGGUCAGGAUGCUAGCGAAGAAUUGGCACGGACGACGUCAGCCUUCAUACUACGAAGAACCGCAGACAUUCUGGCAGACUUUUUGCCACCGAAGACUGAAUAUGUCCUAUUCUGCAAACCGACACCAGCCCAGGCAAAAAUAUACCGCAGCGUUCUUCGCUCGCCUGUGUUCCACAGUGCGUUGCGCAGCCAGGAGACAGCAUUUCAGCUGAUCACUAUUCUGAAGAAACUCUGCAACAGCCCAGCAUUGAUGGACCCUAACUACGGCAACGAUGAGUCAACACCUUCAUUAUCGCUCGUCACGUUAAAUGAAAUGCUUCCCGAGGGACUAUCAAGACUAUAUCAAAAUUCAGUCUCUUGCAAGAUCCGUCUUCUGGAUCAGCUUCUCCAGCAAAUACGCAGUACCACAGAUGAAAAAGUUGUUGUCAUCUCCAACUACACGUCCACGCUCAAUUUGAUCCAACAGUUGGCAGCAAACUCCAACUUGUCUUUUCUCCGUCUUGAUGGCUCGGUCGCGGCAAAAAAGAGGCAAGCCCUCGUGGACAAAUUCAAUCGCUCAACUGCCUCCCAGUGCUUCCUGUUUCUUUUGAGUGCAAAGGCAGGUGGAGUGGGACUGAAUUUGAUUGGGGCAAAUCGCCUAGUCCUUUUCGACGUGGACUGGAAUCCUGCGACGGAUGAUCAAGCAGUUGCGCGCAUUCACCGACAAGGUCAGCAGAGGCAUUGUAAGAUCUACAGGUUUCUCAUCAAAGGUGGUCUGGAAGAGCGCAUUUGGCAAAGGCAAGUUGUAAAGAGAGCGUUAGCAGAGAGUAUCAUGCAAGAAGGAGCGAACGUGGUAUCCGCUUCAUAUGAGCCAGCGACAAAGGCCCAAGGCAACAGUUCAAGUUUCAGUCAAGAGGAGUUAAAGGACCUUUUUCGCUUUGAUGAAGGGGAUGGGUUGCGAACCCACGAUCUGAUUAACUGUGAUUGCAAGGGUGCAGGAUGGGAUGAAGAUUGCCAAGGCGAAAUUGAUGAUAUCCAGAGUCAGUUCACUGGUGAGAAUGGCACAGAAGGAUCCGACGAUAGAGGGCUUGAUGCCCCACUUCUGGGAUCAAGAGCCCCGUCGCCGACGAAAGGUUCAAGCAGCUCAUGGACCACAGCUAAGGAGGCUUUGGGCGCACAUACGCCGCCAACUGCUACUGAGCUCGAAGCGAAGAAGCAUCAACUGAUGCAAUACAGGCACGUGGACACUUCCAUCGUGGCCCAGAAAGACGGAGAAUCGAACCUGAAAGGACAAAUCUUGUCCGCAAUUGACGACGUUUGCCUCGAGUAUGUGGUCACUCUUGACCAGGACAUGAUUGGGGGUGGCGGGAUCUCGUAUAUAUUCAAGAAGACAAGAGGCAGUCAAUGUCUCUAA